AUGAAGUACACAUUAGAAGACCAAGUCGUAUUAAUUACUGGUGGAUCGCAAGGUCUGGGGAAAGAAUUCGCCAAAAAAUACUACAAUGAAACUGAAAACACGAAAAUCAUUGUGGUCAGUAGGUCAGAGGCCAAACUGCUGGAUACAUGCAACGAGAUUCGUCUAGCUGCUCAUUUGAGGAAGGAAACUUCAGACGAGGGCCAGGUGCAGCACAAGUUGGCCACGCCUCUGGACCCUGUGCAACGAUUGUUCUACUUCCCAUGCGACUUGUCCUGCUAUGAAUCCGUAGAAAAUUUGUUUAAUGUUUUGAGAGACUUCGAAUUGCUCCCCACCCAAACUUUAUGUUGUGCGGGAGGGUCUGUUCCCAAGCUAUUUCGUGGGUUAAGUGGACAGGAAUUGAACCAGGGUAUGGACAUCAACUAUAAAACAACUUUGAACGUGGCUCAUCAGCUCGCUCUUGCAGAGCAAACUAGGGAACACCAUCUUAUCAUCUUUUCCAGUGUCACAGCCCUUUACCCCUUCGUUGGUUAUUCGCAAUAUGCCCCUGCCAAGGCUGCGAUUAAAUCACUAGUAGCAAUACUAAGACAAGAGCUGACAAACUUCCGCGUCAGCUGUGUUUACCCCGGAAACUUCGAGAGUGAAGGUUUCACUCUAGAACAGGUAACUAAGCCCAAGAUCACAAAGUUGAUCGAGGGGCCCUCGGACGCCAUUCCAUGCAAAGAAGCGUGUGAUAUUGUUGCUACUUCGUUGGCCAGAGGCCAAGACGAUGUCUUUACAGAUUUCGUGGGCUGGAUGAUCAUGGGCAUGGAUCUGGGGCUCACGAGCAAGAGAAGUCGCUUUGUCGCGUUGCAAUGGAUCUUCGGUAUCCUACUGAAUAUUGUUGUUGUGCCCUUCUACCUGGUAGGCUGCUCCUGGUAUAUUAGAAAAUGGUUCCGUGAAAGCGAUAGCAAGAAGGCCACUUAA